CAAUUUAUCGGUGAGCUCUUUUUCUUUAUAUUUUAUUGCUCUUCUUGAGCUUGAACUUUUGGACAUGCCCGCACAGUAGAGUUCUAUCUAUGUCUUGUAUAGUUUUCUUGCAGCACUCAAAGUCACUCCUCCUUCGCAGAUGGCGGACCUCAAAGAACGCCUUCUUCCGCCAAAACCCGCAUCGGCCAUAAACCUCCGAGACACAUCCUACCGUCCGUCGGCGUCCGGCCGUCAACCCUUCCAUGGAGUCGACGUUAUGGGCCUCAAGAAGCGAGGCCAAGGCCUUCGCUCAUGGAUUCGCGUUGACGCAUUCGGCAACUCCCAGAUCAUCGAGGUCGACAAGUUCACCAUGAUGCGUCGCUGCGACCUCCCCGCUCGCGAUCUCCGCUUGCUCGAUCCACUCUUCGUCUACCCAUCGACGAUUCUUGGUCGAGAGAAGGCGAUAGUGGUGAAUUUGGAGCAGAUUAGGUGUAUAAUCACCGCUGAUGAGGUUUUGCUCCUGAAUUCUCUUGACAGUUAUGUGUUGCAGUAUGUGGUGGAGUUGCAGAGGCGAUUGACGAGUGGUGGGGGUGUGAGUGAGGUUUGGCAAUCGGAGGGUGCUGAACUGGGUCGGAGCCGGAGAGGGAAUGGUAGUCGGAAUUUUGACAAUAUGUUUGGGAAUACAUCGCCUGAUUACUUGCCCUUUGAGUUUAGGGCUCUUGAAGUUGCUCUAGAGGCUGCUUGUACGUUUCUUGAUUCUCAGGCAGCAGAAUUAGAAAUUGAAGCAUAUCCGCUGCUAGAUGAACUUACGUCAAAGAUCAGUACCUUAAACUUGGAACGUGUUCGUCGAUUGAAAAGCAGACUUGUUGCAUUGACUAGGAGAGUUCAAAAGGUUAGAGAUGAGAUAGAGCAGCUAAUGGAUGACGAUGGAGAUAUGGCUGAAAUGUAUCUCACUGAGAAGAAAAAGCGGAUGGAAUCAUCAUUUUAUGGUGAUCAAUCUUUGAUGGGAUUCAGAUCAACUGAUGGUGCGUUGUCUGUUUCUGCUCCAGUUUCUCCUGUCUCUUCGCCCCCAGAUUCUAGGAAGCUCGAGAAAAGCUUGAGCAUCGCAAGGAGCAGGCAUGACAGCAUGAGAAGUACAGAAAGUGCUACAGAUAGUAUAGAAGAGCUAGAGAUGUUGUUGGAGGCUUACUUUGUCGUCAUUGACAGCACCCUCAACAAGCUGACUUCGCUGAAGGAGUACAUUGAUGAUACAGAGGAUUUCAUUAACAUUCAGCUGGAUAAUGUCCGUAACCAGCUUAUUCAAUUCGAGCUGCUGCUUACGACUGCAACAUUUGUUGUUGCCAUCUUUGGAGUGGUAGCAGGGAUAUUUGGCAUGAAUUUUGAAAUACCGUUGUUUGAAGACCCAAGUGCAUUCAAGUGGGUCCUAAUAAUCACAGGAAUAACAGGGUUUGUCAUAUUUUUUUCAUUUUGUUGGUUUUUCAAGCAUAGAAGACUGAUGCCGCUGUAGACUGUGAAGGAAAUCACAAUCGGUGAAGCUGGGAAAUGCUACAAGUAUUAUUAAUUGUCAUUAUUUACUUGUGUUACUUGGUAGACCAAUGGAAAAAUAGGAAAUGAAAAGGUUGCUCUCUUUUUCGAGCAAUUCUAUAUAUAAAAUUUAGCCUCAAUUUUUCAAUUGUAUAAA